AUCCCAACGCGGACCAGAGCAGACGUACGUGCGUGUUUCUUCGUGUGUGCAGAACAAUAGUGACGGUAAACAGUUAGAAUAAACGGGGCAGUGUUGAGAAUUAAAAGUGCAUUUACCUGUACGCAUUAGUUCAACGUGUUCGACACAAUAAAUAAAUAGUGUACCAGUGUAAGUGUUUGCUAGCUUUAAAUCCGGGUUUUAAAGUGACUCUUCGACUCACGGCGGUGAAGGAUUUUCCGAUUCUGGACAACUGAAGCUCGUUCUUUUUGGCGCGUACUCUCUUUCGCACGUCCUGAGCAUGUUCUGGUGAUGUGUGUUGUGCAUGCUGAAUAAUUACAUUAGGUGAAAUAAUUCUAAAUUGUUUUUUCCCGGGGCGUGCAGUGUCGGAUAGUGCAACACGAUUCUGUAUUAGUGCGCGUGUGAGUGUGUGUGUGUGUGAGAACCCUGGAAGGGAGGAGGAAAAAAAGGAGGUGUUAAUUAAACACUCCCAGUGGCAAGAAUGUUUUGAGGCUCGGAUAAAUUUCCCAACCGAAUUGAGUUUUUUCGUGUUUGCAACGGUGGUGUGUCUCAGUGCUGAAGUGGAAAAUCAAUCCACUAGUGCGAUGGUGCAUGUGUGAGAAAAAAGGAAAUAUUUUCAAAUGAUUCAGUUCUAGUUUGGGAAAGUGUUAGAAAUACGGGUUAAAAGAUUUGUUUUAAGGUACAAACAAACUGGUGAAAAAAAGGGAGCAACGUUAAGGAUUAUUCGACGCUUUACGCCAUUCGCGCAAAUUAUUCAACUUUCUGCAAAAUCUCAUUCUGUUGAUCCGGUAUUCUGAAGUGGAUCCACUCGAGGCAAAAAGAAUUCUGCCCCGAUCGCGCCGAGACCGGAGCGCUUCGUUUUGUAUGCGGUAAUCCAUCAGCGAUCAACUAACGCGUCGGUUGUAGCAUCGUGCGUUGGCUUUCAAUUCGAAACAGUCGGCUGUGUGGUGUAGACGAAAUAGUGCGUUUUAAUAGCAUCGCGAAUUUUAUCUGCCCCAGUGCCAUUACGAGUUCUAACGAGCAUGAAGUGAAAAUGUUGUGCUGAUGAUUUUGUGUUCUAGCGAGAGAAAAAAAUGUUACACAAGUGAAGUUGAAGUUGCGAAGCGUGAUAGUUCUUCAGAAGACAGGUGCCCUUUAACGCACCCCAAAUCAACAAACCACGUGUGCGAGUGUGUGUCUUACGAUUUGAAGAAACCCGAAAACAAACGCAAGCGAUUCAUAUACGGUCGGCAUCUUGCUGCCGGCAGUUGUGUUACGCAUCGACGCCCUUACGCCGGAGUGCGGCUCACCACCACCAGUUUCCCGGCGUCUCUUGACUCCGUUCGUCUAGCGCAAAGUGCGGAACGCGAUCCAACUGAAAGAUUAAAACCCUCGAGACAGCUUGCGCACCGUUCCAGUUCCUAUUUACACACGUGCCGUUCGCAAAACAGUUUCGCAAAAUGGCCAAUGUGCGGUGGAACAUCCGACGCUCGUCGGCUACGAUCUGUCUCGCUGCUGUGUUCUGCCUCCUAGUGCUUCCGCACCAUACCGACGCAUCCACGAGCAGCGUAUUCAAGGCACUGUCGAUCGGUGCCAGCACGCAGUCCGUCACGUCCAGCACACUGUCCUGGGAGAAGUUCAGCGAAGCCGAAACGCAUCUCCAGUUUGCCGUGAAAACGUUCGAACCCGAGCAGCACUCGCGGGAAACAGCUGAAAGUGAGCAGCUCCAUCCACACAGCUACGUGUGCCGGGUGGAAAUCGAAGGAAUCUUCACGGCCGGCCACACGCUGACGGAGGACACGUCCACCAUCUGUAUCGUGGCGGCCCAGCUGUCCGAGGUGGAACGGCACCAUGCGUUCGAGGUGCUGAUCAACAUGGGCGGCGGUGGAAAGCUUAAGUGGCAACCGUGGAAUCGAUACCAUGCCGGCAUCUUUGGCGGUGCUGUCAGCGUCGGUACGGGCAAGUUUGGUGACUACUAUAUUGCCCGCAUCCGACCGGGGCACGGUGAGCAUCAUCAUCAUCACGGCGGACACGAUUCGUAUGUGGUGGGAAGCUUCGAUCCGAACGUGAAGCUGACGGGACGCAUUAAUGCGCCACUGCCCGGUUCGAGCACGAGCACGGAACACGAGCAAGGUGACAUCUUGGUAGAAAUCGAACCGGUCAAGUACGAGCUGCGAUCCAUCAAGCUGAACAAGCUGCGAACAACCAUCAAGAAAAACACGACCGUAUUAGGUUCAACGAUUCUCUCCAAUACGGACGACAAAACGAGCCUGGCGGAAACCGUCAUCACGUACGAUUUUAUGAAGGAAAUCUACUGGGGCAAGCACGAAGGUGUUGUGCAGGGUCUCUUCACGAAGGUGUACGAUUCUCGAUCGCAGCAGGCGACGAACGUUACCUGGGGCAUCAAGAGCACGGCGCGUCAUGUCGAGACGAAAUCGGUCAACACGAUGCUGGAACCGGGCACGGCCAUCAAUGUGACGCUGUUUGGUAACUACACCGAAAUGGAAGCUCCCUACACAGCCACCAUCAAGGCAUACUACGAUGACAACAGUGAUCCUGUUAGCAGACGGAUCAACACAAUUAUGGUAAGUCGAGAUAUGGAGGAUGUCAAGAUGGAGUACAGUCCAGUGUACUGGAUCGAGAAUGGUACGCUUGUACCGACGACUACGACGACCACGACGACCACCACUACGACGACUACCACCACCACGACCACUACCACCACAUCAACGACCGAGGCAACUACCAGCUUGCGCCCGGUACCGAUCAACAGUACCCCCGUCGAGGGCGGUACCCUGAUCGAUGAGGACGGUAUGAGUAACGAGAUCGGGCACGCACCGUCCACCAGCAGAGAUCUGGACGUUAGUCGGAGCAAUGAAAAGCUGGAAGGAUCGCUGGACAACAUGUCGUCCAGCCGUAGCCGUAGUCGAGGCCAGAGCAGCGGUGCGUCGAGCUUACGAGACGCGACCACCGUUAGCAUAUGGCUAGUGACGGCAUUCGUCCUGUUGUUCCGUCUGAAUUAAGGAAAGAAAGAAAAAACUGGGAAAUAGGAGAAGUUGCGUGUGUCACGAAAGGACACACACACCCACACAUACACAAACGUAAAUUUCCCAAAACAGUAGUAAACAUGACCCCUUCUCUUUAUACCUGCUGUGUAUGUCGAGCUUUGCUAAUCCAAUUCCAUUCGUGUCGAAGCGAAUGUUUAAAUACUUCUCAACCGCGCGAAACAAACAAAUUUUGCUUUUUUUGUUAUCGAAAUGAGUGUGAAAGCAGCAGCAGCAGAGGAGUGCAUUAUUGUUUUGUAGUCAUUUAAGCGGGAAGAGCGGCGUAUUUUAAGGCAGAGUAAGGUGGUAAGGCUUGAGUAGGGAAAGAAGAAAAUGCGACCAGUAAUGCGACAAGUAUGGCAGUAGCAUCUAUUUAGCCCACUAUCAUCAUCAUUAUCACUAUCAUCGUCAUCAUCAUCAUUAGCAUUCACAGAUUUCCUCCCUGGAAUGGGAGCAGAAGCAGAAGAAAAACCAACGUUCGGCGGUUCCAAAUGAGACAACGCGGGUACCAUGUUCGAACCGUGUUUUGUUUUGUUUUUAUAUUACUAGAAUAGUAAGACGCACGAUAGCUGAGUUAAGCCCGAAAGGAACCAAGCAAUCCGUACAGCAAAUUGUACCGGGGCGAUGUAAUUGUGUCUGUGUGUAAAAUUUAGUGGUUAAAUAAUUUUAAAUAACGUCUGUUUUUUCCGAUCUGUAAAUAGCAAACAAUAAGCGCGCUUUGGUAGUGCGGGGAGCAACUCAUUUCCCCGCACUGCUUUACACUGCUUUAUUGUUUUUAUUUUUUGUUUGUUUUAUAAACGUAUAGGUAGCGUAUGAAGCUUUUCCUUUUCUAUUUUCUUUCCACUCGAAAUCUCAACCCUUUCUGCCGUACUAUACAGGGUUUCUCAGGUCAGUUCAACAUACUAACGCUAUUUGUGAACAGCAUAAAGCCUAGGCUACAUGAUGCGAGAUGCCAGAAAGAUUUCGGUUAAAAGGGGGGAAUGUGCGAAAUUUUUCCGCCAAAAUCAUCUCGGUUCAUCUACUCGCUUUGUUUAGAGCACUUCAUGCUAUCUCUCUCUUCAGUCGAAUACUACUAUGGCAACGUAUAGAAAAUGACAGAGAGGGCUAGAGGGAAGCGAAAUCAUUCCGAGAUUUCAGCUCGACGCGGCGAAAUCUUUUUGAUGAAUAGAUUUCGCAUAACCCCGCCUUUUAUGCGAAAUCUUUUUGGCAUCUCGCAUGCUGUAGCCUAGGUUUAAAACGCUAAUAUGACAUCGUACAUGCAAAUUCAACCUCGUUAACCCUUCUCUACAAGGGAAAAACGAAUAUUCAACUUAGUAAAAUCUCAACUCGACAAUGGAAAAUACCUAGUAGACGGAGCUGUUAUGCAGCAUGUUUAUACUGCGUGGUUCGAUGUUAUACUUUUGAAUAUUUAAAUUUUUAACCGUUAACAGUAUGAUUUGAUUGAUCAUAUUCAUUUUAAUAGUUCAACUAACUUUUAAAUAUAAGUCUGUUAGAUUUGUAUGGUUCAUGCUUUGUCUAUUUCAUAAAGCUUUCUUCUUCUUCGUCUGUGGCAUCGCUGCCACCGAAGGUCUCGAACUGCCAUUUCUUUCUCCGACUUGAUUUUUUCGCGUAGUUGGAUAGCCAUAGCCCUGCGUUCAGGAAGGCGGUGUGGAUGGGAUACGAUCUCCAGUCUCCUGGCCGAUCUUGGCAUCUACCACCGGGCCACCCCGGAAACCAAGUAGUAUUAACAUCGUAUAAAUAUUGUGUCAAAAAUAGCUUCGUGAGAUUUUACUGAGUUGAAAAUCUCUUUUCCCACGUUCAAAAAGGUUAACAAUUGCAUAUACGAUGUCAGAUGAGCGUUUUAUGCUGUUGAGAUACAGUGUUACAAUGUUGAACUGGCCUGAGAAACCCUGUAAGCAACACAUACAGAUACAAAUGCCACAACAUUCCGUUCAAAUGGGGACAAAAAGAGACAGAAAAAAAGGGGGAAAGGAAACAAAAAACGUAUGUUGUGAAAAUGGAAAAACGAAAGGAAGGAGAAGAAAAUGGCGGACAAAGCAAAUGUAAUUCUAAAUCUAUACAAAAGCAUAAAUAUAUACAUAUAGCGUAACGUGUACCGUGUACCAACCUAAUACACUAAGGGAGGAAAAAGUUCGAAAACAGCAAAGCAAAGAAUUGAAAAUUGAAAAGCAAGUAUGUUUUCUCUGCCUGUUUUGUUUCGUUCUUUGUUCUAUUUUUACUUUUUAUAAUUUGCUUUGUUUUUUUAAAUAUGUUUGUGAGUUCUUUUUUAUCUUCUUCUUGUGUGGAACAACGCAAAAAAGGAGCAAGACGAUUUUGUACACUGUUUAUUUAUUACGAUCAUUAGAAUGUGGCAAAUAUGUUUAGAGCUUAGAAUGUAGAUGUUUGUUUUCUAUCUCAAUAAAGCUGCAAACACAUUUUCUUUCCCA